GGCAGGACAAGGCAACAGGCUGAACGAUCCCCAAGGCCCCUCCCCACGGCGGGGGGCGCUCGCUGAGCCGGCUCCCAUUGGGCGCCGCGGGGCAGGCGGAGCCCGUCGCCAGGGCCGGGCAGGCGGGGGGGCCCGGCGGGACUGGGGCCGGGCUCCCAGCGGCGCUGACGUUGUCCAGCGGCCGCGGGAGGCCGCGCAGGCGGGCGCACAAGAUGGCGGCGGCUGGCGGGGACCUCGGGCGCGGAGCUCGGCUCGGCUGAGCUUCCCCACGCGGGGCGCAGGCGGCGGGCGGCAGGACCGGGCUCCCAGCCCAGUUUGCAGGUCAGAAUGUCAUGGACAGAAAAUAGUUUGGAUAACGUGUUUCUCUAGUAUUUCUCCAGUAUUUCAGUAUUAAUAAUGGAUAAGUGUAAGCACAUAGGGCGACUACGGCUAGCCCAAGAUCAUUCCAUCCUGAACCCUCAAAAAUGGCAUUGCGUGGACUGCAAUACUACAGAAUCUGUCUGGGCAUGCCUUAGCUGUUCGCAUGUUGCAUGUGGAAGAUACAUUGAAGAGCAUGCACUAAAGCACUUUCAGGAAAGUAGUCAUUCAGUGGCAUUGGAAGUGAAUGAGCUGUAUGUUUUCUGUUACCUUUGUGAUGACUAUGUUCUUAAUGAUAAUGCAACUGGUGACUUAAAACUAUUGCGAAGUACAUUAAGUGCAAUCAAGAGUCAAAACUAUGACUGCACUACCCGUAGUGGCAGGACUUUGCGAUCUAUGGGUACGAGUGAUGACUCUUACCUUUCACACAAUGGUGCCCAAGCCUUGCUUCGAAAUGAAGACCGCAUGUUCACGGCUCUGUGGCACAGAAGGCGUGCAUUAAUGGGCAGAGUGUUCAGAUCAUGGUUUGAGCUAACACCUAGUGGGAAAAGGAUUUUGGAAGAAGAGAGGCGCCAGGAGGAGGCAGAGGAAAGAAGGGACAAAGCUAGGAAAAGAAGACAAGAGCGAAAGCGUCAGUUGAAAGUAGAGAUGGAAAAAAUGCCUCCAAGGAAGAGUUCUCGUUUACAAAAUCAAAAUAAAAUAUCCUCAAAAGUAUCACCCUAUGUACAAAAAUUACCACAAGAUUUGUCCUCUCCUGCAGAGCUGAAAGUAACUUCUACCUCAGAUGAAGUAAGAUUGAAAAAAAUUGGUGAUUCUCCAAUUAAGCGAAGGCCUACAGUGACUCCUGGUGUAACCGGACUGAGAAACUUGGGAAAUACAUGCUAUAUGAACUCUAUUCUGCAAGUAUUGAGUCAUUUGCUUAUUUUUCGGGAAUGUUUUUUAAAGCUUGAUCUGAACCAAACUCAGGAGUUGCUGGCAACAGCAGCCAAUGAAAAAACAAGAUCCUCUACUAAGCACCCUCCAAUUACUGGUUCUGCAUUUUGUGUCAAUGAGACCCAAGUGAAGGUAAAAGGAUCAUCUUCUAUUAGACGACCUAGUUUAUCAUCCGGACUAAGUGGAGGGGCAUCAAAAAGUAGAAAUAUGGAGCUUAUUCAGCCCAGGGAGCCAAGCUCAAAGCACAUUUCUCUGUGUCAUGAGCUACAUACUCUGUUCCAAGUUAUGUGGUCUGGCAAGUGGGCAUUGGUGUCUCCUUUUGCCAUGCUCCAUUCUGUGUGGAGACUAAUCCCAGCCUUCCGAGGUUAUGCCCAACAAGAUGCUCAGGAAUUCCUCUGUGAACUUUUGGAUAAAGUACAGCAGGAACUGGAGACAACUGGGACCAGAUACCCAGCUCUCAUCCCCACUUCUCAAAGGAAACUUAUCAAACAGGUUCUGAAUGUGGUCAACACCAUUUUUCAUGGACAGCUUUUAAGUCAGGUUACAUGUCUUGCGUGUGACAAUAAAUCAAAUACUAUAGAAUCGUUCUGGGAUCUGUCGCUGGAAUUUCCUGAGAGGUAUCAUUGCAAUGGGAAGGAGAUGACUUCUCAGUAUCCAUGCCUGCUGACAGAAAUGUUGGCCAAGUUUACAGAGACGGAAGCUUUAGAAGGAAAGAUAUAUGCGUGUGAUCAGUGCAACACAAAACGUAGGAAAUUUUCUUCCAAACCAGUUAUACUUACAGAAGCCCAGAAACAGCUUAUGGUGUGUCGACUACCUCAAGUUCUGAGACUACACCUUAAACGGUUCAGGUGGUCAGGACGCAAUCAUCGUGAGAAGAUUGGAGUACAUGUUAGCUUUGAUCAGAUAUUAAAUAUGGAGCCUUAUUGCUGCCGGGAAUCCCUAAAGUCCCUCUUACCUGAUUGCUUUAUCUAUGACUUGUCUGCUGUGAUUAUGCAUCAUGGGAAAGGAUUCGGUUCAGGGCACUACACUGCCUACUGCUAUAAUUCAGAAGGAGGAUUCUGGGCACACUGCAAUGAUUCCAUACUCAACAUAUGCACUAUGGAAGAAGUAUGCAAGGCUCAAGCCUACAUCUUGUUUUACAGCCAGCGAGUUACUCAGGCAAACAGACACUGUAGAAUAUCAUUUCCGAGCUCACCAUCUGAAAACCAGCAGCGUACUGAAUUUGUCGACUGUUCAAGUGAAAACAGUAGCAGCUAAUCCAAAGCCAAUUUACUGUGUACAGUAAAAGUUUGACUUGUCAACUUAUGCGUAUUUUUAAAGAGAAAAUGCAAGUAUAAAUUGUAUUUUUUUACUUGUGAAUCAAUGUACAUUAUGUUUAUACACUUUUGUAUUAGCUAAAGUAAGCACUCUUAAGUGUUAGUAUAAAUUUAUAUUGAUAGUAGGUAACUUUCAAAGUACCUAGAAUUGUUUUACAACUUUUUAAAAAAAAUUUCCCUUUUGAAUUUUUAAUUCUUACCUCAGGCUGUUUUUCAGCUGUUUAUAUUUUGAUAAUCUGAUUUGGUUUAGAAAAAAAUAUUCUCAAUGGACAGCUGAUGUCUGUAUAAUUUUUGUUAACUUUCUACAUGUGUAAAUUUUUAUAGUAUAAUUUUAUAGCCUAUAUUGAUUCUGUCUGUGGGAAUCAGUCUUAUUCUUCACAGAAUAUGAAGGUGCACUAACAAAGAAAGCAUCUAUUAAAUGUCAAGUAAUAACAGAACUUUUCUUCAUUGGGGUAGGGAUUUUUUUCCUGGAUGUCCUUCACGUGAUAGAUAAGAAGCUAGGCUCAGAUCUACAAAACUGGUACUGAACCCUGCCCAUGUUUCAGCCUUUGAACAUGCAUACAGGUGUGUCCAUGUGCUGCCUAAGCCCCAGAGCAAUUCACAAACUAAGAAUGAGGGGCAUUUGGCUGCCUAAAUUGCAUGGUCAGAGGCUACCUACCAGAUUCAAAAAUGGGAGGGGGAGAGAGAGGGAAGAAAGGAGAGAAGGUGGUAGUGCCCACCUUAUAACUUGUAACCUAGGGGUUAGAGCACUUGUGAGAUGGGAGAGACCCCGGCUCAGUCCUCUGUUCUGCCUGAGGAGGAGAAGGGAUGUGAACAGGAGUUUCCUACCUUCCAACUGCUCUAACCACAGAGCUGUGGGAUUAUGUGAUGGAGCCGCUCCCUUAUUCUCUCCUGUUAUUGUUCCACUACGUGUAAAUAAGGAAAGAAUGACUGGAGCAGGAGGACUGGACUGGACCCACAGUCUCCCAGCUCGAUGCCCUAACUCCUGGUCUACAACCUCAUUCCCAUUCUCAGUGGCUGAUCCAGCCAAUGAUUGUUCCACUGUGGAUAAAUAUUGGGAGAGAGGGAGGGAAUUGAACUUGGGUUGCUCACAUCCCAGACAAACGCCCUAACCACCUAAAACUUUAAGGUAGCUACCACCAGCAGCAGCGGUUUUGUGUGGAGGGAGGCAGGCACCUAACUCAUUUCCCUCAAGAAGUUGCUUAGGCACCUAAGCCAGCUGCCUCCAGGCAGCAAGUUCCCCUUUGUGGAUUGCAAAGCAGUGCCUAUCUAAGAGGAGAGGUGCUUAGUAUACACCCAUCUGGUCAGCAGCUCCCAGGGACUAGCUCCCUAUCUACCCUGCUGGCUUUUGUGGAUCUGUGUUGUGACUUUCUCGGUACCUAACCCUUAGGCAUUGUAAUGCUCAGCAUUGCCACAGCCAAGUGCCUUUGUGGCUCCCACCCUUAGUCACUGUUUUCCCGCAGUGGUGCCGAUGGAGCUAUACUGAAAGGAAAAAAAUAUAUAGUGUUUUAUUUGUGAAGUGUCCAGAGGAAAACAAUAGUAUAUGUGCUUAGUUACAUGUCAGUGUAUUAGUGAUAGAAAAAUUUAAUAGAACAGAAAUGAUGGCUAGGAGAUAAAACAUGAAGGUUACCUAUUUUACAUGCACCCUUUUACAAGUGAGAUGCUAACCUAAAGUUUUAAUUGGGUUGCUAAACUAUGGGGGAAAUUCCUUAGUUACCAAAAAGAUUUAUCUUGCCAAACAGUGUACAAAGAUACUGAAAAAAGUGAGCCUAGUUCCUUGGAAAGGUAGCAGUCCUUCAGUAAUCUCUAGCACACAUUAAUAAAGCACCAUAAUUAACUAAGCAAAACAGGUUGCAUAAAACACAACUAGAGAAUAUUUAAAUGUGGAUGUGCUGUAGGAGCUACACCUGCCAUACUUACUCCUCCAUUAUUUCUAAACUAGUAUUAACAGAGAAUUCACCUCUUCCUCAUUGCCUAAAAAACAGAACAUUUCCCCACCAAUUGUAGCUAAUGCCAAAAUUGUAAUGAUUAGUUUAAGUUGGUGUGAAGUAUUUUUUUCAUAAAAACGUAUGCAGAUUACCUCAGCUCUUGGAAAAUUAUACCUCAAUAAAACACUGUGUGGACUAACAUUUUUUACUAGGGUUAGUUCCUUAUCUCCUUGAUUGAUAUUCUAACAUGUUGCUAUUAUAAAAUAGUUCUUUAUCUUCAAAAACCAUACAAAACAUGUAGAAAGUUACUCUUUAUUACAAUAUCUUGAAUAUGAAUCUAUAGAUUAGGCCCUAGUGCAAUAUUUCAUGUUUUUUCACUCUAUAGUCCCUUAUCUGGAAACAGUUAACUGCUUACAAGUUUUACACUGAUCUUUCAGGGGCUACAGCUGAUACUUUUGAUGUAAGAGUUUUAUAUUGCUAUUUACCACUGAAGUAACUGAGCAUCUUCCACAUAAAAUUGAUUGUCAUGGAGUCUUUGGUUCUCCUGCCUAUUGGUGUUGAGCUUUCCCCACCCAUUUGAGAGCUUUGGGCUUUUAGAUAUUUCCUCUAAAUAUCAGAGGCAGUUUGGGGAAUGGUCAAGAGCUGUGGAUAUCUAUCUACCAGGUCUCUGCCUGUUAUGGUGCAAACAAAAUGGCAGUUUAGCACUUCAUCGGUUUUAGGGUUUGGUGUUAUUUUGGGGGAUCCCAGCAAGCAAGAAUCUCUCCUCCCCUUUUUAUGGGAGGGGAGCCACAGUCAGAGCUCUGUGCCACAAACAGAACCAACCACCUCUCAAUCUCCCUCUGUGCUCCACACCCACAUAAAAUCAGGUAGGCCAAAUGGCUCUUGGCUUUUUUGCUUGCUCUGUCUUUAAGACAACCUUAAAAGGAAUUCUGCCACAACCUACAGACCAAUAUUUUGCCAGAAGAAAAGCCUCACUGGAGCCUACACAAAUGAGCCCCAAUAGAGAAACUUCAGCCCAGUGCAGGUUCGUCCUCUCCAGCUAUUGGGGCUCCAAAUUCUCCAGGGUUAAGUCCCCAGUCCACCUCAGCCCUUCGGGUUCUUAAAUGGGUAAUCAAAUGAUUGUCAUUCUUUCCAACUCUCCCUUCCAAGAGGAAAACUCAGGCCUCUUUAGGGAUUUUCCUUUGCAGUUCUUCCCCAAUUAUGUAUCAGGCUUCCCCCUCCCCAAUCCCAAAGUGCUGAUAACAGAUCCAAAAGGAAACACCAACCAAGAAAACCCAUCCACCCUAAAA